CACUCGAAAUCAGUAAAAAUAGAUAAAUUUUGAACUCUACAGAUAAUCGCGACAUUUGAGCUUUGACUUGUAAGAUAUCUAUCUCUGCAUUCCCGUAUGGAAAGCGAAGUGUUGCAAAAUACCCACAAAACCCUGAUCAGAGGUUUCUCUUUGCGCGAACAGAGAGACACUACUGCACGUGCACAAUAAAACCUUUGAUCACAGGGGUUUUUCUGUUGCUCGUGCAAAGUUAAACUCCUGAUCUGAGGUUUGGUGUAUUUUGCUACACUCCGCUUUCCAUAGUCCCAGUGCUAAAGUACAGUAUCACCUCUGGCUGCAACAGUGAAUCGGUAAUUUAUAAUUAUACAAAACUUUUGUAUCGUCUGCGAACAACUCCAGUACUCCAAUCCACCCAUUGACUGCUGAAUGCUCCCGUCCACGUCGGAUUAUAACAGGACCUAGCAAGUUACGGAAGGGGAAGGGUUAAGAAGACAUUCUUGAAGAUGACGGAGAAGAUGGACAUCGAGGUGGUGAAGGGCUGCUUCAAGGCAGCCAAAAAGGAGGAUGGGACGAUCAACAUUGAAGAACUCAUGCGAGGAUACGAAGAGAUUGCAAGACUCUACGACAUGAUGGGUUCCUUAUUCACCUUUGUCUCCAAGGACAUGCGAUACCGCCUCAAGGCUCUCGAGACCCACCGCUCCGACAAGAGUCUCUCCGACAACUACCAGACGGUCCAAGCCGUGCUGGACUACGAGACCAAGAACGGCAUCAAGAGGAAGUCCAAAAAGGGGGCCUGUCCGGAAAUCGCGCACUCCAUGAGAUGCACUUCGACAUCGAGUUCUUCAUCGAGAUGUUCAUCACAUUGGAAGCAGGCAACGACGACAGCAAAUGCUCGGAGCUCUCCCGCGAGGCUUUCGACAAGACGCUGAGUAACAACGUGAACUUCGCCGUGCGCCAGGCGGCGCGGCUGGCCAUGAAGUGGCUGCCGACCAGGAAGGUGUUUAUAGAUAGUAAUCUCAAGCAGGACACUGCGCAGGCGCUGGAGUUGAUCGGACCGACUACCGAUACCAUGAGGCAGGUUUAUAACAUCAUGGAGGCGGAGUUUUCAAAGCAUAAUAUCAAAAUUAAAUCCAUCCUAGUACAAACUGAUUAAUGAGUUCACAACUUACGAUUAAUAUUUCUUAUAACAUAAACUUUAUCAAAUGGACGGUGUUAAAGCAGCCGAGUAAUACUACCAAUUAACUUCACCUGGAUAGAGAGUUGCGAAUAUGAUUUUUCGACAUAAGGACAAUAGUGAUAUGAAGUAAUUUCUUCCUACAUGUUGCCAAUUAUCUUCACCUGGAUGGAAAGUGCGAAUAUGAUAUUUCGCCAUAGUAAUAUUUACAUACGUUUUAAUGUGCGUAUGUUUUG